GUCACUAGCUACGGAAGUGAAACGUUGUAGCACACAUGAUGGAUAAUAAUGACUUUGAGCCGGUGUUUUUAAAGACAUUAUUCGGUUUGUCUCAGAUAAAUUGUGUUUGAAUCCCUGAAAGUGAAAAAAAUCUAGCCAAGAAUGAAAUUAGCAGGGUUAACCUGAGGUUGUCCAUCGUUAAAGUUGAUUGUUUCUUCAUCCACGUGAAUAUCGUGUUAGGUAACUUUCAGUGUAGGGGUGUACCAUAGACUGUAACCAGAUGGGUGUCACUUAUUAUCUUUGAAUGGAGCUUUUGGGAGAUCAUAUCACCUAAACCUGAGGUUCCUGAAGUAGCAUCAUCAUACCUCAACUAGUUCCUCCAGACUGCGAUCAUGUGGACGUGAUCCUCGCCUGCAGAGAAAGCCUGUUGGUUUGACAUUGAGGUGGCUCAUGGAGAGUGUUUUGGUUCACAGAAGGACCUGAGCGCUUUAUGAAGUUGAGAUUUGUAUGUUGAGAUGUUUCGGCUCCGAAGUGUGAAUUCAUACCUUCGGAGGCUCCUUCACAGGGGGGCCGUGAACCGGGAUCAGGUUCUGGAGCAGCUGCGGGUUUGCUCUGCUGAAGACUAUGUUUUUGAUGUGGUGGGCAAGAACAAGGCCAAGCUGACAGUAAACCAUGUGAGCAUGGCUGUGAGGAUGCUGUGGGAGUUCCAGGUAGAGAAACCCGAGAUGCUUAGGACUGUCAAUCUAAUCAAGAACCAUCCACAGUUCUUGACUCUCCGGGUUUUGGCAGAGAACAAAAUUGCUAUCAUGGAGGAUUCUGAGUUGGUCGACAUGCUUUAUAGAUUCUUGAGGUUUAAAGUGGAUCCACAUGACUCUCUUGUUCAGCAGUUGGUUUCAGAAGCAUGGCUCAGAAUGGACAGAUUUACAAUGGCAUCCCUAUCCAAGUUUGCAAUUUGUCUAAGUGAUCAGCAGCUUCAACUAAGUCCUCUGAUGGGACACAUCACACAUAUUGUGGAUCAACAGUUGUCGUCUAUUGAUGAUGCCAGGAUCCUCACUACACUAAUGAUAAGUGUUUCGUCCCUGGUGUCUCCCCGGCUCCGGGACGCCCUCUUAACCCGCGCAGACCUUCUGCUGGACACCCAGGAUCGCUCAAGUUAUAACAACCCACGAAGAAUAGUGCAGUUUCUGCGCAGCAUCAAAUACAGCCACCGGCCUCUGCUGGAGAAGUGCAACGAGAUCCUGUUGCACAACGUUCCCAGGAUGGAUGCAGAGAACAUCAGCAACAUUAACGGGAUGUAUCAGGCCCUGCAGUUCAACAACUCUAACUUCAGGCUGGCUGGGAAACACAGACUUACAGAGCUGAUCGACUCCUGCACCGAUCCUUUCUCCUUCACUAAACUGUUCGUCUCACUGGCACCGAUAGUCAGUCAGGAGAUGAGAGAAGGGUUGGAGAAUACUGCCCUCCUGCUGGCAGAUGAACUCAAUGCCUAUCAGGCUCUGGCUGUAUCUGAAGCUUUGGUGGAGUUUCAAAGCAGGAAUUCUAGCUUACUCAACAAACUUGCUUCAGUAAUCGAAAGAAACCUCCAUGUCUACAAGCCAAUGGAUGUGGCUAGAAUCACCCAAGCCCUCUUCAUGUUACGAUACCAGAAUCCUGAACUCUUCACUACACUAAGAACUAUGUUGGUCGACUUUUUGCAGGGAAGUGUCUUCCCGUAUGAGGUGACCAUGCUGACCCGUGUUCUUUCCAUGCUGCCCUGCCCGCGACUCGACGAGAGAAUUAUCUCCCGGGUGGAUGCGAUGGCGUCGCAGUGCACCCUCAACGAGCUCAACGCCAUUUCUGCUGCCGUCGCCAAGUGGGUUCGCAACGACCCGUCUUACCGCCAUAACACUCCCAGCAAGUACGUCCUCCUGCUGCAGACCCUGAACCGCCUCGGACACGAGAGGCUGCAGAUGGCCGACCGGCUCGACUUGUUGCUGGAGGAGCUCAAGUUUCUCUCAGGGGAGUGGUUCGAGGAGAUUCUGGUUGAGGAGACCUUGGUCACCCUGCAGAGGAUGACGGACCAAAUCAACUGGAGCAACGUGUCUGAGCUGGCUAACUUCUUAACCAGGAUAAACCGACUCUGCCCUCCUUUGAUGGACAGAAUCGCAGCUGUCGCCAUUAAAGACAUUGACAAGAUUCACCUCUCUGCAACAUAUUUGACCUUACAACCUUUCACUGUGCUCAAUUAUGAUCCUGUACAAGCAGACGAAUUUUAUGAUGCUUGCGUUCAGCGUAUCACUCCUCACAUCAGCUCCUUCGCACCACAUCUGCUAGUCCUCUUGGCGCACUCCUUAGCUAUGGCUGACACUUUUCCUGAAGAGCUGGUCAGAGAAAUCUUCAAUAUAGACUUUCUUGGAAAGCUGGAUACUCAACUAGAAACCCUGCCUGAUGCUCUUAACUUUCGGACCAGACUGCGCCUUAUGGAGGUCAAUCGUGCUGUCUGCCUCGAGUGUCCUGAAUUUCAGGUGCCGUGGUUUCAUGAGCGCUACUGCCAGUUACAAAGGAAAGGGAAUGGCACCAUCCGUCCAGCCCAACAGCAAAUCCACAAAAUGCUUGGAGAGGUUCUUGGGGGCAUUAACUGUGUUCGAGGAGCAGUUGUCACUCCGUAUUAUUACAAAAUAGACUUUGAAUGCAUUCUGGACAAACAACUUAAGGCGGUCCCGUACAGCGAGCCGAACAGUCUGCAGAUGUCAGAUGGAGGAAAGGUUCACUGGGGAACAAGCUUACUGGGAAACAGCGGGGAUGAGCUGCCGCCUGGAGCUCAGCGAGUUGCUGUGGACCUUCUUGAUUCAAAGUCCUUCUGCAAGAACUCGCACCAUAUGAGAGGUGAAACCCUGAUGAGAAAGAGACACCUUGAAAUCCUGGGAUACCGUGUUGUUCAGAUUCCUCACUUUGAGUGGAACUCUAUGGAGCUUUCAACACCGGAUGCCUGGAAGGAAUAUCUGAAGAAGAAAAUAUUUGAAGAACUUUCUUCAUGAAAGCCUUAUUCAUAGAAAAUCUCAGAUGUUACAUUCAGUGAGCUUUGAGCUUUGGUUUAGAGAAUUUUCAGGCUGAAAGACUGAAAAGUCUAAAAACACACAUUAUUAUAUGUCAAGUGCUUCGUUUGGCUUGAAUCUACCUCAUUAAUGAGUUUGUCUGCUUUUUGUAUGAAAAAGUUAUUUUAAAUAAAAAUAGAUCUGCA